AUAUAUAUAUAUAUAGAAGACUGCGGUUGAUUGACUAUAGAGCUUCAUUUCGUUUUAUUUUGCCGCAGAAGCGAGAACGAGGCAAGAAAUGUUGCGAGCGCUACGUUCAUUCAGCAAACUGCAGAAAUGCUGUUACUCUGCACAGGCGAAGGCUGCGCCCCAAUCCAACCCUGAAAUCCUGUAUUCCGGGAUUUUCAUAAACAAUGAGUGGCACAAAUCAAAGUCGGGACGUACCUUCGAGACGGUCAAUCCGUCGACCGGAGAGGUCAUCACCGAGGUGCAGAGGGCCGGAGUAGAAGAUGUCGAGUUGGCGGUGAACGCCGCGCACAGCGCCUUCAAGCUGGGUUCACCGUGGAGGACGAUGGACGCCUCCGAACGUGGUCGCAUCCUCUUCAAGUUGGCUGAUGCCAUGGAACGCGAUGCCGCCUACAUUGCUAGUUUGGAGACUUUGGAUAACGGCAAGCCUUUCAGCAUGGCUUACAAUGUGGAUGUAGCGUACGGUAUCAAGUGCUUGCGCUACAUGGCCGGUUACGCGGACAAGGAUCACGGCAAGACCAUCCCCGUCGACGGAAAGUACUUCGCGUACACUCGCCACGAACCCGUCGGUGUCUGCGGACAGAUCAUCCCGUGGAACUUCCCGCUUCUGAUGUUCAUCUGGAAGAUCGCACCAGCUCUUGCGAUGGGCAACACCGUCGUCCUGAAACCGGCCGAGCAGACGCCACUGUCCGCCCUCUACGUCUCUCAACUGGCAAAGGAAGCCGGUCUUCCACCUGGCGUUCUCAACAUCGUCCCCGGUUACGGAGAUGCCGGCGAAGCUCUCGUCAAGAAUCAAAAGGUGGAUAAGAUUGCGUUCACCGGAUCUACCCAAGUGGGCAAGUUGAUCCAGCAGAUGUCCGGUGUCGGCAAUCUGAAGCGCACAACUCUGGAGUUGGGAGGAAAGAGUCCCAACAUUAUUUUGGCUGACGUGAACAUGGAUACUGCGGUGGAGGCAGCCCAUCAGGGCAUCUUCUUCAAUCAAGGACAGGUGUGCUGCGCCGGUAGCCGCACCUUCGUCGAGGAGAAGAUCUACGACGAGUUCGUGGAGCGCUCGGUGGAGAGGGCGAAGAAACGCACCGUCGGCAAUCCGUUCGACGCCAAUACCGAACAGGGUCCUCAGAUCGACGGCACCCAACUGAACAAAAUCCUCGAGCUCAUCCAGAGCGGCGUCAAGGACGGAGCUUCCCUCUUGACCGGAGGACAAAGAUUCGGAGACAAGGGAUUCUUUGUGGAGCCAACUGUAAUGGCCAACGUGCAGGACAAUCACCUGAUCGCCAGAGAGGAAAUCUUCGGGCCCGUCCAGCAGCUGUUCAAGUUCAAGAAUCUUGACGAUAUCAUCGAGAGAGCAAACGACACCAAUUACGGAUUGGCAGCGGCCGUCUUCUCCAAGGAUAUGGACAAGGUCAACUACCUGGUGCAGGGAAUCAAAGCGGGAACCGUUUGGGUGAACUGCUACAACGUGUUCGGCGCGAACGUGCCCUUCGGCGGAUUCAAGGACUCCGGACACGGCAGGGAAAUGAGCGAGUACGGCCUGAAGCAGUACACCGAAGUCAAGGCUGUCGUCGUAGCCAUUCCCGAGAAGAAUUCAUAAAUACAAAAAAAUAACGUUUGGUU